AUGGAGCUCUACAACAACUACCUCGUCGAUCUUCUGCGCCCGAUUGACUGGCAGGGCACGCCACCCAGAAUGCCCUUCUGUGUGGAGGGGAAUGGAGGGGAGCAGCGCGGCGAGCAAAGCCCGGCCUUGAGCCUGAAGCUCGACAAGCUAGGCAUGGUGCAGGCGAGAGGGCUCGGCCUGACCGGCGAUCCGGAGAUCCCCGAGGCACUGCAAGUAGGACAAGCAUGGAAAAGAUUGCCCAGCUGCAUCUUCCUCAGGACAGAUGCCGUGGACAUCCUCAAGAUUGGGGUGGCCUUGGCCGUCGUUGCGGCUGUAUGUCGUCUUCUCUGGGUGAAGACAUCGAAAAAGAACAAGGAGGAGGCGAGUCGUGCAGAUGCAUCGCCUAAAAACCGUUCCGGCACCACGACGCCCAGAAGUUCGAACAGUGCUGCCGACGGUCUUUGGAUUUAUUUUGGCUCUCAGACUGGGACAGCCGAGGGGUUUGCCCAGGAGCUUGAACAGGAGGCUGCGACUCACGAGAUCAGCGCUGCGGUGGUGGAUCUCGAGGACUUCGACCCUGAGACUUUCAGGCGGCACAAGGCUGUUGUGAUGGUCCUCGCAACAUAUGGCGAAGGCGAUCCGACCGACAACGCCGCGGAGUUCUUCAAGUGGCUGGAGGACGACAGCUUGGAUACGGACUACUUGAAGGGAAUGAAGUUCACCGUUAUGGGUUGCGGAAACCGCCAGUAUGUCCACUUCAACCAGUCGGCGAGAAUUGCGGAUCAGCGGUUAGAGUGUCUUGGCGCCGAACGCGUCUACGAGCGUGGAGAGGGCGACGACGACCAAAACAUUGAGGAGGAUUUUGAGCAGUGGCGAGAGAAUGGCCUGUGGCCAGCUCUUCGGAAAGCUUUGGGCCUUUCAGGGGCAGACCACCUGAAGGAUGAGCAGGCCGUGGAGAGCGCAGAAUCUGUCUUGAAGCGCCUUCCUCUGAAGCUCGAGCUGUCGACAAACAUGAGGACAUUGCCGGUCGACCCUCUGGUGCAGGUGGGCGGUGCAGACAUUCUUGGCAAGUGGUACUUCCAGGCGUCGCUCGCGCCUGUGGUCGCUUGCGACGAGCUGCGGCAAAAGCCUGAUGUGAAUGCCGGCAAAACGACAAAGCACAUUGAGUUCAACGUGCAGCAACUACCCGCUGUGGACUGGCGAACUGCAGAUAAUUUGGAGGUUUUGCCCGAGAAUCCUCACGAUUUGGUGCAGUGGUUUGCAGAACGACUUGGUGUGGCCGACCAGCUGGAAAGUCAUUUAACUUUCAUCCGCUCGGCGGACACCGUCAAGGCAGUGAAGAAGCCCUUCCCAGCACCAUGCACUGUCCAAACAGCUCUGUCACUGUAUUGCGACCUGUGCGCCGUGCACAAGGCCUGCUGCAAGCGCUUGGUGCCCUUCGUUCGGGAUGAAGCCGACAGCAAGGCCCUCCAGGCACUUUUGCAAGACCGCGAGGCGUUCCAGAUUCUAGCUGAUGGCCGCAUGAGCAUGCGGGACUUCUUUGAGCUAUUUAUGGAAUCAGCGGAGAUUGACUUGUCGGCUUUUGUGCAGCUCUGCCAAAGACAAAAGAACAGGCCGUACACCAUCGCUUCGUCCUCCAAGGAGGAUCCAAACAGGAUAGCCAUCUGCGUCAGCCUUGUCCAGGAGGAACGCAGGAGCCCUGAAGCUGCCGUGAAGGAUCUGAUUGGUCGGGGCAUUCAGAUCCCACGAGCCACUGCAUUCCUGCAGAAGCUUGGUGAGACCGCCGCGAAACCUAGGAAAUUCCGCGGGCUCUGUUCCGAAAUGUUGUGCACCAGGACGCAAUGCGGAGCAAAGCACUGGAUUUAUGCGCGGGCCUCCACUUUCCGUUUGCCACGGCGCACCACGCUCCCGAUCGUCAUGAUCGGUGCCGGUACAGGCUUGGCACCUUUUCGAGGCUUUGUGCGUGAGUUUAAAGCCGAAAAUGGGUGCCGGACAAAGACCAUUCUGUUCUUUGGGUGCACCAAGCGAGAUGAAGAUUACAUCUACAAGGAGGAGCUCUCCGAAGCUGUAGAAAUGAAGCCGCCAGCUCUCAAGGAGUUGAUAACGGCUUUCUCGCGUGAGCAGAAGGAGAAGGUCUACGUGCAGCACAGACUCAAGGAGAAGUCGGCUGAGGUUAAGCAGUUGAUCGCCGACGGUGGCUACAUUUACGUGUGUGGAGCCACGAGCAUGGGAAAGCAGGUUCGAGAUGAGCUGGAGCUCGCGCUGGGCAGUGCAGACUACCUUGAGCGACUAAAGACGGAACAGCGCUAUGUCGAAGCGCCUCAAGGUCUGGGCAAGUCCAGUGACUCGCUGACCACAGAGUGGAGCAAGUGCCUACAGAGCCGUCGGAUCGAUGGCCCCUUUCAGUCGCGCCCACGGACGUUGCAGCGCUGCAGCGGGCGCGUCGAAGGCUUGGCGCGCGAGCCGGCGAAGAGCGUUGAGGAGCUCAAGGCCGUAUUUCAGCGCGGCCUGGAUCAGCGAGCAGUGGCUGAGAACGCGAUGAAUGCGGAGAGUUCAAGGUCCCAUGUGAUCUUCACAGUCUUCCUGACUCAAGACAUUCCUUCUCAACAGGGCGGCGUUGAGCGCACCACAAGCAAGCUGCACUUCUGCGACCUUGGUGGCUGCGAGAGGUUGAAGAAAACAGAGGUUGAGCAAGAUCGGGAUCGCCGACUGGAAGCAAUCGAGAUCAACAAGAGCUUGUCAGCUCUGGGAGAUGUGAUCGAGGCUAUCGCGAAGAAGAGGAAGUACAUUCCAUACAGGAACCACAAGCUGACGCAGUUGCUCCAAGAUGCCUUGGGCGGAAGAAACGGUGAUGCCGCCCUGAUUGUCUGGUUUGUGCUGAUCGUUGCGUGUCAUGUUCUGGAACGAGCUUCGCUGCCACAGGACCUCCAAAAGAACAGCCAGGAAGGCCUCCCGCAAGAAGUCCAUGACAAUGUCAACGACAAUCGGUUAUUCUUGGAACCUGAAGACAGCGAGGUCGCCUCGAUGAUGGAGUCCCGCAGAGUGGACAAAAUCUACGGCAACGACGCCAGAGAGGCACGAGAGUCGCGAGAGGUUGCACAGUGGGAGCUCAUGCCACCGCCACCGCAAAAGGAAUCAGGGUGCACCAAAGAACGACAUGAGCAGACAUCUUUAUUUGGGGAGUGCUCGCAGUUAGAUGGCUUCCAAUGCCUGCCCGUGAAGACGGGUGUUGUUGCAACGUUUUGGCAGAAUUGUGUCUACCUCAGUAUAAAUGAUCUGAGGUGCCAGACGAUCCGUAUCACAAACCUGAUCAAAGGCCUGAAGUCCAGCGAGGUGGAAUCGGUGUUUUCAUCGAAGGUGGGGCCAGUCAGGGAUUGCAAUGUCCGUGACACUACUGCCCGCAUCACCUUCGAUGCCGCAAACCAUGCGAAAUUUGCGGUGGACAAGUUCAACGGAAGCAUCCUCGAGGCGACGGCUGGAGUUGAAAAGCAGGACUCCAGAGUCCUGCAAUUGCAGCCAGUCCCCUGGAACAGCGCAGGGACUGUCCUUCGGGAGAUGCUGGAAAAGCAUUUCUCUUACAUCAUUGAUUCUGACUGUCAUUACCGCCGUGGAGAUUGCUGGCUGACGUUUGCAUCUGUGAAGAAGGUCCAAGCAGGUACGGCCCAGACUGGGGACCAGCUCAAGAUACUUUACAAGGGCAGCAUCAUCAAGGUGGUUCUGGACUCCUCGGAGGAGGCCCAAGCAACUGGCAUUAUCAAAACGUGA